AUGACUGAAUUGAUUACGGAAUUGGAACAAUCAUGGCAACGGGACAAGUUGAUUGAAGUGCGCACUGGCAAGGCCAAACCGGUAUUUGGCUUGCCUAUUCAAUCUGCCAUUUUCAAGUCAGUACGAUAUGGUUCAACUCCCGUGAGCAAAUUGGGAUGUCGAGGAGAUGAGCAUGUAUAUGAGUUUCAUGGUGGCCCUGAUAAGGCGCUUCUCCAGUAUUGUUCGCGACAUUAUGAUACCUGGGGCCAAGAACUACCUGGCAACGCCCACUUGUUUCGAUUGGGCGGCUUCGGUGAAAAUCUAGUUGCCCAGAAAGCAAAUGAGCGCAAUACGUGCAUCGGAGACAUUGUACGAAUUGGCAAUGUCGUUGCUCAAGUCAGUCUACCACGGCAGCCUUGCUAUAAGCUCAACCAUCGCUUCCAAGAAAAGAACAUGUCCCGCCUCACCCAAGAACGGUUUCGAACUGGCUGGUACUAUCGAAUCCUCCAGGAAGGCUCGAUUAAGGCUGGGGAUGAUAUUGUUCUUUUGGAACGUCCUCAUCCAAAGUGGACUGUGGCCCGCGUUCAGCAUUACCUCUACAUUGAAAAGGAAAAUAUGGACAUGAUGAAGGAACUGGCCGAAUUGGUUUCUCUAGGGAUGGAGAUUCGCAACAUUUUUGGGAAUCGACUGAAGAAAAAAUUUGAAAACCAGGAACAGAGGCUCCUAGGAAACGGUGCCAUGGCUCUGGAUAUGUGGACGGAUUACCGACUUGCUCAGAAGAAAAAGGAGACACCUACAGUGACGUCUUUUGUCUUUCAGGCACUGGAGCCGAGGGAAUCUCCUCAAAAAGUCCAACCUGGCACACACGUGCGCUUGAAAUUGGGUGGCCGUCUCAUUCGUGCCUAUUCGGUGGUCGAAGGUACCCAGAAUCGCUUUACUCUUGGAGUGGCUCUGGACCCACAAACGUCCCGAGGGGGCUCCUUAUACCUACAUCGUACCCUGAAUGAAGGAGACACGGCUACGAUCAGCAAAUUCUCGACGACAUUCCCACUUGCUAUAGAGGCAGAUCGUCAUGUCCUGAUUGCUGGUGGCGUUGGAAUUACUGGCUUGCUAGCAUCUGCUCGAGAACUACAACAGAAAGGCCUAGCAUAUCACCUUCAUUAUGUGGUUCGCUCUGAUGAAGUCGCCUUCAAGCCUUAUAUUGAGCAAUUGGGCUCGAACGUGACAAUCUAUUUCAAAGACGACAGACCAUUCGAUGUGUCCAAAGUCCUGCAGCAGACUGAUAGCAACGCCCAUAUCUACUGUUGCUCUGGAGAGCGUCUGAUGAAUGCAGUGCGCGAUACGGCAAAGGAGCUCGGUUUUCCUGAACAGAACAUGCACUUUGAGUCCUUCCAGGCCAAAACAACGGGCGACCCGUUCACGGCUGAAUUAGCCGAGUCUGAACAGGAAGUCGAGGUGGCGGGUGGAGAGAGUUUGUUGGACGCUCUUCGAUCGGCUGGAUUUGAUAUUCCAUCUACCUGCGAGACCGGUAACUGUGGUACCUGUCGAGUUGGCGUGCGCAAAGGGCGAAUCGAGCAUCGAGGCACCGGAUUAGUGGGGAAUGAAAAAGACACUGCAAUGCUUAGUUGUGUCUCGCGCGGAAUUGGAAGCAUUGUUUUGGAUCUUUAG